AUGGUGACGAUUGGAGGAGGGAUUUCGGCUAUGAAUUUAGCGUAUAUGAUCAUGCAUGAGAAAAAUAUGGAUGAUAUUGUUGAGGGCUGGACUUGGUGGGUUAACAGGUAUCCGGGAGUAGCGUGUGACGUCCCGGCGCACAUAUAUACAUUCCCGUUCGAACCAAACCCCAACUGGAGCGCCUUCUAUGCCAGAGGCCAAGAAAUCCAUGACUACUUCAUGCGGACUGUUAAGAAGUAUAAUCUCGACCGAGACGUCAAAACAGGACAUCGCGUCAUCCAUGCUCAGUUCGACGAACACGAGGGUAUAUGGAAUCUGAAAGUCCAGCAUAAAAGCCACGUGUUUGACGACUGGUGCAACGUUCUCGUCAGUGCGACGGGCUUUCUCUCCCAUUGGAAGUGGCCGGAUAUUAAAGGUCUGCAUGAUUUUAAAGGCUUAAAGGUUCAUUCUGCGGCUUGGGAUGAGGAGUUUGAUUAUGGAAAGAAGAGAAUUGCCAUGAUUGGGAAUGGAAGCUCGGCGAUCCAGAUAAUGCCAGAACUGGCCAAGGAUGCGGAACAUGUUACGAACUUUAUUCGGAAUCCGACCUGGAUUACGCCUGGGUUAGGAAGUGCGGUUAUUGGCGGGCAGAUUAACAGGGUGUAUUCCGAGGAGGAGAAGAAAAUGUAUAGAGAGCAUCCGGAAGAGUUGAAGAAGCAUAGAAAGGAGAUCCAACAUGGGAGUAAUAGGGCUUUUACUAUGUUCGAGAAGGACUCGCCAGCCCAGAAAGCAGCCUUCAAGGCAACAUCUCAGAUGAUGCUCGAUCGACUAGGCGGCAACAAAGAACUUGCCGCAAAACUAACCCCUAACUGGGAAGUCGGAUGUCGUCGCGCAACGCCCGGACCCGGCUAUCUCGAAGCUUUCACACAAUCCAAUGUCUCCUUAGUCACCGACCCCAUCUCGUACUUUACUCCAACUGGUAUCGUCACAAAAGACGGCACACACCACGCCUUCGAUGUCAUCGUGUGCGCCACCGGCUUUGACGUGACCCACCGUCCCACUUUCCCUCUAAUUGGCCUCAACAACACCGAUCUCGCAUACCACUGGAAAGAUGAACCCUUUUCCUACCUCUCACUCAUGUGUCCCCACUUCCCAAAUUUGUUCUUCUUCUCCGGCCCCAACGCACCAGUCGGUCACGGCUCACUAAUGGCAGCACUCAGUUGGUCCGCAAACUAUAUAUCACAGUGGCUCUCCAAACUCUCCACCGAGGAUAUCAAAUACAUCUCCCCUACUCUCUCAGCCACAGAGGAAUUCAACACCUAUGGUGACGAGAUCAUGGAGCGCUUGGUCUGGAGUGGCGGCUGUAGGAGCUGGUACAAGAAUAAUAGGGUUGACGGGCGGGUGACGGCGAUUUGGCAAGGAAGUGCGAUUGCGUAUAAAGAGGUUGUAGAUAGGAUCAGGCCGGAGGAUUUUCACUUUGUGUAUAGGACGAGGAAUCGAUGGAGGUGGAUGGGAAAUGGGAAAACGAAGGUUGAGGGGGAGAAGGGAGCGGAUUUAGCCUUUUAUUUGGAGAAGUGAGGUGGGGUAGGGUUGGACGAAGCAUGUGGGAAGAAUUUAGUUUAUGGUUAAAGAGAGGAGCUUUAUAUGUUGGCAACAUGAAGCUAGGUCCGAUGCCUCAAGUAGCGAUU